UACAGCUGACUGUAUCCACGUGAACCAUAUGGCUAAUUUGAAUCACGAUAAUGUAGUAUGCCAGAUGAAUUUUAUAAAUAGGAUUGAUUCUUCACAAGUUAUAUAUGAAAAUAAAAUCAAGAGAGCAAAAUUAAUUGGUAAAUACCUUAUUGGAGAUGUUUUAGGAGAAGGUUCAUAUGGAAAAGUUAAAGAAGUUUUUGACUGUGAAACAAUAUGUAGGAGAGCUUGUAAAAUAUUAAAAAAACACAAAUUAAGGAAAAUUCCCAAUGGAGAUCAAAAUGUUAUUAUGGAGAUAAAUUUGUUAAAAAAAAUUAAACAUGACAAUAUUAUCAAUUUAAUUGAAGUGCUAUACAAUGAAGAAAAACAAAAAAUAUAUAUGAUUUUAGAAUAUUGUGUUACAGGAUUGCAAGAAAUGCUUGAUUCUGUACCAGAUAAAAAAUUUCCUUUAUGGCAGGCUCAUUGGUAUUUCACUCAAAUAAUAUAUGGGCUUAAAUACUUACAUAGUUUAGGAAUAAUACACAAAGAUAUCAAACCAGGAAAUUUAUUACUAACUUGUAAUGAAACUCUAAAAAUCACUGAUUUUGGAGUAGCUGAGCAAAUUUCUACAUUUUCACUUGACGACACAUGUUAUACUAGUCAAGGCUCCCCUGCGUUUCAACCUCCAGAGGUUGCCAAUGGACAAGAUUCAUUUAAAGGAUUUAAAAUUGACGUUUGGUGUUGUGGAGUUACUCUGUUUAACUUGACGACGGGAUUGUAUCCAUUCAAAGGUGAAAAUAUAUACAAAUUGUUUGAAAAUAUAGCCAAAGGAAAUUUUAUAAUACCACACGGAAUUGAUGUUGAUCUUCAAAAUCUCUUAAUAGGCAUGCUUGAAAAAGAUGUGGACAAAAGAUUCGAUUUAAAACAAAUAACCACCCAUGAUUGGUUUCAUAGAGAACCCUUGUAUAAAGGACAAAAAGUUAACAUUCCUCAAACUCUUCAAGGUCAGUUAAGAAGUAUGACUAUUAUUCCAUUUCUUCGAUUUUUACAUCCCAACGUUAAAAUUUCUUAUAAAAGCAAUGGUUAUUCUGAUGAAAAUGACUGGGAUUUUGGAAUUAGCAAUAAAACGGCGAACUUUUAUCGUAAUCUAUCUCAUGAAAUAAAAUAUCAAUCAAAUAAUGGCACUAAUAAUUUAAUUGAAUCUUCUUACAAUGAUGGAUUUAUGUUUGAGAGAUCUCCAUCAAUUAUCCAAGUGCAAAAACCUAAUAGGCUCGUAUCCUACAUACCUUGCAUUGAUCCCUAUACAAAUCUCCACAUUUAUCAGAUAGAACACUGGCAUUAGUUGGUGAACCUGUGGCAAAGAUCCCACUCUGCAUAGGUGUAAUGGUAAUGGGGAAUUUUAAAAAAAUCGAAAAAUAUUUUUUUGCUAAAUUAAACUAGAAAACAAACAUCAAAAAAUUUUAUUUAAGUUAUUUCUAAAAAUUAUAUG